GAAUCAUGAACUUGAAGACGGUCCCUCAAAGAUCGUUGACAUCACAGCAUGCAUUCAGCAUCCAGCAUUUGUCACAGAGAACAACGCUUUUAUCCGCUCUUGAAAAACGUCUGCUUCUGCAAAAAAGGUGUUGUAGCUUAUUGUCAUAAUGGCCAGUAGCCUAUUUAUAAUUAACCAAAAUUAUCCUUUUUACAUUUACAAAGUUAUUGAACGCGGAAGUCCGAAUGAUCGAAUGUGAAACCAACUUUACCGCAUUCAUUUUACGGGCUGUUUACACCAGUUCACUUCAUGCGUUUUUACUGAUCAGAUAGCUAUCUGAUUUAUCAAAACGAUUCCAUUUAUACUUGACCACCUAAAUGUGUCUCCGCAAAACGGAUAUAGGAAAUCUGAUCUUCAGUUCCCACUCUGUAUGCAGAUUUAAUGGAGUUCACAUCACCGAAAGCAACAAAUAUGAGCUGCUUUUUAUUGAUCAUCAGCUAAUUUCAAAAUCAAAGACCGCAAAAGGAGAGCGAGCGGCAUCAGCACUGCUGGAUCUGUUGAUGUCGUGUGAAGGCAUCUUCAAACAAUUAUAAAAAAAUACCACUGCAUUGGAAGGAUACAACUCGAAGAAAAAGUGACUCAUUGUCAUGUCCAGGUCAUGAUGAGCAUCUGAUUGUCUUCAGCGAGAUCUUUGCCAGUGCUGAUCUGUUUUCAGUGGCAGUUUAGCUGCAAUGAUGUCGAAGAAGCAAGGAAAGGACUGUCUCUCUAAGAUGAGUCUCUCAAAGAAACAGAGUGUAAGAUCAGGCUCACAUGUGUCCAGCUCUGUGUCUCUGAAGAGUGACCAGUCAAAAGGUGCGGUACCAAACUUCAGUGAGGAAAAACCAUCGUCUGAAAGUGUAAGAUCAGGCUCACACGUGUCCAGCUCUGUGUCUGUGAAGAGUGACUGUUCAAAAGGUGCGGUACCAAACUUCAGUGAGGAAAAACCAUCGUCCAACAAAAGGCUUCAAUUAGAUUCAGAUUUCCAGACUCACAGGAAACACAAGAAUUUCAAGGACAAUCUCCUGUGGAUCUUCCAGGAUCUUGAGAGCAAAAUAAUCACAUUUCUAAAGAAUGAGCUGGAAAAGUUCAAGAAAAUUUUACAAAAAGAGAACACACAAAACUUUGUGAAGGACUUUAAUAAGAACAGAUGCAGUAUCAAAGAAGCAGCUCUUGAUCUCACACUCCACUACCUGAGAGAGAUGAAACAAGAUGAAGCUGCUGAUACUUUAGAAGAUGAGCUGGUCUUCAUUCAUCAGCUAAAAUGUAACAUAAAGAAAAAGUAUCAAUGUGUGUUUGAAGGAAUUGCAAAGCAAGGUGACUCCACACUUCUGAAUAACAUCUACACAGAUCUCUAUAUCACUCAGGGUGGCAGUGAACAGGUCAAUAAUGAACAUGAGGUAAGGCAGAUUGAAGUUGCUUCCAGGUGUCAUCAAUCAAAAGAGAUUCCGAUUGAAUGCAAAAAUAUGUUUGAUGCACCUGAACAAGACAAGGAGAUCAGAACUUUACUGACGAAAGGCGUUGCUGGAAUCGGAAAAACCAUCUCUGUGCAAAAGUUUGUUCUGGAUUGGGCUGAAGGAAAAGAAAAUCAAGAUAUCAGCUUCAUAUUUCCUCUUCCAUUCAGAGAGAUGAACUUAAAAGAGAAAGAAAAAAUAAGUUUGAUGGAUCUUAUAACUCAGUUUUUCACAGAGACAAAAGGACUGAACCUUACAAGAAGGAAUAAUUUCAAAGUACUGUUCAUCCUUGAUGGAUUGGACGAAUGUCGUUUUCCUCUGAAGUUUGAUGGUAAUGAGACAUGGCGUGACGUAUCAUCACCAGCCUCUCUGGAUGUUCUCUUAACGAACCUCAUCAGGGGAAAUCUGCUUCCUUCUGCUCUCAUCUGGAUCACCACCAGACCAGCAGCUGCCUGUAAGAUUCCUCCAGACUGUAUAGACCGCGUGACAGAGGUCAGAGGGUUCAAUGAUGCACAAAAGGAGGAGUACUUCAGAAAAAGGUUCACAGAUGAGAAAAUGGCCAAAGAAAUCAUUGAUCAUGUUAAAAAAUCAAAGAGUCUCUUUAUCAUGUGCCACAUCCCAGUCUUCUGCUGGAUUUCAGCCACUGUUCUCCAGAAUAUUCUGGAGGAGAAAAGAAAUAAUGAUGUGAAAAACAAUCAGGCUGAUGACACCUCUGAAACACUGCAGGAAUCAAAUACUGAAGACACUCCCAAGACUCUGACACAAAUGUACACACACUUUCUCCGCUUUCAGAUCCAGCAGAGUCGGCGAAAGUAUGAUGGAGAAUACACACCCGAUGUUUCCUGGGAUAAAGAAGCCAUUCUUUCACUGGGUAAACUGGCAUUUCAUCAGCUGGACAGAAACAACCUGAUCUUCUAUGACACAGACCUGGAAGCCUGUGGUAUUGACAUCUAUAAAGCAUCAGUGUACUCAGGCAUGUGUACCCAGAUCUUUAAGGAGGAAACAGGGAUCACUCUUGGUACCAUGUACUGCUUUGUUCACUUGAGCAUUCAAGAGUUUAUUGCAGCCCUUUAUGCACAUCUGUUUCUAGACAUUAACAAGAAAAAUGUGUUUGUUCAAGAGUCUACAGAACAGGAAAACAAAAAUGAAACCAUGAUUGAUUUGCGCAAGAUUGCAGUGGACAAGGCGCUCAAGAGUGACAAUGGGCACCUGGACCUUUUCCUUCGCUUCCUCCUCGGUCUGUCACUCCAGUCCAAUCGGCGACUCUUAAAAGGUCUGUUGACACAGCAAGAUGGCAAUGACCAGAGAAAAGAGGUAAUAGUUCAGUACAUCAAGCAGAAAUUAGAAGAUAAUCUGUCUCCAGAGAGAUCCAUCAAUCUGUUCUAUUGUCUGAAUGAACUGAAUGACCAAACUCUGGUGAAAGAGAUUCAGACCCACCUUAGCAAAGGAAGUCUCUCAUCUGCUGAUCUUUCACCUGCCCAGUGGUCUGCUGUGGCCUUUGUGUUAUUGACAUCAGAGGAGGAGCUGGAGGACUUUGAGCUUCAGAAAUUCAAGAAAUCAGACGAGUGUCUCAUUAGAUUAUUAGCAGUCAUCAAAGCCUGCAAAAGAGCUCUGCUAAAUGAUUGUAACCUAACAGACAGAAGCUGUUCAGCUCUGGCUACAGUUCUUGGAUCAGAGACCAAUCUGAAAGAGCUGAACAUGAACAAUAAUAAUCUGCAGGAUUCAGGGGUGAAGCUGCUGUGCACUGGACUGGAUAACUGUAAAUUGAAAGUACUGAGACUUUCAGACUGCAGUAUCACAGAAGAAGGUUAUAAAGCUCUGGCUUCAGCUCUGAGAUCAAACCCUUCACACCUGAUAGAGCUGGAUCUCACAGGAAAUGAUCCUGGACAAUCAGGAGUGAAGGAGCUUGAUAAUUUACUACAGGAUCAGAAUUGUCAACUCAAUACACUGAGGUUUCUGAAAAGUCCUGCUGCACUGGAAGCGUGUGAGUAUCUCACUAAUGUUCUGAGUAUAAGUCCAUUAUUACUGACAGAACUGGAUCUGAGUGAAGAUAAAUUAGAAGAUCUGGAUGGAGAGAAGCUCUCUGCUCUUUUGAUGGAUUCUCAUAGUAAAGUGGAGAAAAUCAAGCUGAAUAAUUGUGGUCUGACAGAGAAAAGCUGUUCAGUUCUAGCUACUGUUCUCUCCUCCAAAACCAUCCUGAAAGAGCUGAACCUGAACAACAGCCGUCUGCUGGACUCAGGAAUCAGAGAGAUCUGUGAGGGACUGAAGAAUCCUGUGUGUCAGCUGAAGAUACUCAAGCUCAGUGAGUGUUUUCUAACAAAGGAAAGCUGUUCAGCUCUGGCUUCAGUUCUCAGUUCAGACUCCAGCAGUCUGAAGGAUCUUGACCUGAGCAAUAAUCAGAAUUUACAGGAUUCGGGAGUGAAGCUGCUCUCUAAUGGACUGAAAGCAAACUGUAAACUGGAGAAACUCAUACUUUCAAACUGCAGUAUCACAGAAGAAGGUUAUAAAUCUCUGGCUUCAGCUCUGAGAUCAAACCCUUCACACCUCAUAGAGCUGGAUCUCACAGGAAAUGAUCCUGGACAAUCAGGAGUGAAGGAGCUCAAUGAUUUACUACAGGAUCAGAACUAUCAACUCAAGACACUGAGGUUUUUGGGUCCUGCUGCAGAUGAAGCAUGUCAGUAUGUGAGAGACAUUGUGGGUAAAAAUCCGUUACUCCUGAGUGAGCUGAAUCUGAGUGGACAUAAAUUAGGAGACACACAAAUGAAUCAGAUUGCUGCUCUACUGCAGGAUAAACACUGUACAGUCAACAGACUGAUGUGAGUAUUUGACAUUGUUUUAUACUGUAGAAAGCAUCUUUAAGACAAAAUACUGUCUGAUAUUGCAUAUACAAUGUAAUGUAUUCUAGUAGGUUAGACUAGUAUGAGUGCACAUUUAGAGUGCCAUUAUUCUAUUUUAUUUAUAUAUAUUUAUCUAUAUUUUGCUCUUAACUGAAAAACUUUUGUAGCAAUUUUUAAUUUAUACAGACUAUGCUUUUUUUAUUUUAUGACUUUAUGAUUACAUUUCUGUAGUAUUUUUUUUUUUUACCUUAUUUUUUACCUGUGGUAUUUCCUACAUGGAAAAAAAUGUCUCUGUUCUGUUGUGUUUGUUUAAUUGCUUGUGAUUGUAGUAGUGGCUGCUUUCACCUCUGUGAAAAACCACUCUUCAAGACUUUAACUUUACAAGCAAAUAAAACCGAGUUGGUCUGCAGAACAGGUUCGUAUGGUAAUUAAAAACCUGGAAAAGUCAUGGAAUUUUAAAACGGCGAUUUCCAGACCUGAAAAAGUUUUGGAAAAAUAAAUAAACCAGAAAGUUUUGGAAAAGUAAUGGGAAUUUGUUUCAAAAUAUGUAUGUUAUAGAAUAUAUGUUUAAGUGAUAACAUUGGUUAAACAAACUUUGAAACCUUGUAAAAAUAAUUUGUUUAUUCGAUCCACCUCAAGACUGCCCCAUAUAACCAAUGCGUUUCUGUCAAGCAUGAUGGCCAAUCAGAAGCGUUCAGAUUAGUCAUCGCUGAAACUAAGAGUUUUGUUCAGUGUGUGCGGUCUGUCUGAAUUCUGACUGAAACUCAUGAAGUUUCCCAUAAUAAAGAACAAAGUGCAGAUUGGAUGUAAGAGAUUCAUGUCGCAGUGUCAUCAGCUUCCGUGAUUUUAACAGGAGUGUUUGUGAGAGCGCUUAAACUCGCGCUACACCCAAGUUAUGGCAGCUUCACAAUCGGUCCCUUUCUCUGCUCUUUCUGUAUACAGUUUAUUCCAGUUAAUGUAAUUUAUUCAUCAUACUGGUAAGAUCAAAUGAAGUCUUCAUUUUCAUAAAUGGUUCUAAGACUGUUUUAUCUUUGUAGCCAGAAUAUGACGUUCAGUUUCCCCAAAC